UCCUCACACCACCUACGUCCCAUCGUACCGCUUCCAGGCGCAGUUGGGGAGGAUUCCUACAUCAACAUGUCCACCAUGGGCGCUCCCGAGAGUGUGCAGCAGCUUACGGAUCAAGCUUCGAACUACCAGUACAAUGCUUAUAUUCCGCUCAAAAACUGGCUGCGCACCGCCAGCAAUAUGCAGAGAGAAGCCCAAGUCUACGAGGCAGAAGGCAACGACGCGCAAGCCUACGUGAUUUUAUACCGUCAUGCGAAUCUCAUCCUCGAACACCUCCAGAACCACCCACAAAAGAACUUACCCGAGUAUCGCAAGGCGCUCCAGGCAGCCACCGCGACGUUGCCCGCCGAUUUACAGAAGCUUGAAGAAAUAAGACCGCGCAUCAAGAAGAGACACGAAGAAUGGCUGAAACGAAGAAGAUCCCAGGCCAGGGCACUGGAGUCGCUGGAAGGAAAAGGAGGAGCUUUGCCUCAGGAGCUGGAUGGCACCUCGUCCUACGACAAGGGCAGGUGGAGCUAUGACCGAAUGACAUUAGAUGCUGCGGGCAACCAGUCAUUGGCGGCGAGAUUAGCACAACGAGAAGUCCAGCGAAGAGAUGCUGCACGAAGAAGCGUACGGCAAGCUGGAGUCUCGGAAGAGGAGGAGCUAGUGAGGAGGACGGGAGGCAUGUGGAAAGACUGGGAGACGGAUCUCAGAAGGCAGAGCCGUGAUGAAGAUGAUGACCUAUCACAGCAGCUUCAGGCAAUUGGGCAAAUGCACCAGAAUGGUCAUCGAACAUCGCACUACAAUUCUGCAUCACCCUCUUUCCAGUCAUCUUCCUCGUACCACUAUCCGACCGUUCCCAACCACGCCACUCAAGAACAAUGGCUGCCUUCAGACAUACGGCUCCCGUCCUCGGACCCUGCCCCAGUUCGGCCGCCUAAAGAAUCUCUCCGUCGAGACUCUGCUCCCCGACCUCCGGCCUUACCGCCGAAACCUCCUAUGCCACCCCCGCCUCCCUCUUACGAACGGCCGCCUCCUCCACCGGUUCCGGGCAAAUACGUUCAGCCUGUACCAUCAGGGCCACCUAUCCCCGAGAAGAUCCCCUCACCCCGUCCAACUACUCCAGGACCGGAUCUCGACGAGUUCACCUUCAAACCUUCCGCAUACCUCGAAAAUGGCGAUCCACUCCGUUCCAUCUUCCUCCCAUCGCAACUCCGCGCUCUCUUCCUCCAAGCAGCAUCCAGCAAUACGCGACUCAACCUGGAAACAUGUGGCAUGCUCUGCGGGAUUCUUAAGAAUAACGCGCUUUUUAUCACGCGUCUUGUAAUCCCUUCGCAAACUAGCACAUCGGAUACAUGCGAAAUGACCAACGAGAGCGAGUUGUUUGACUAUUGCGACAGCGAGGAGCUGAUGGUGCUGGGGUGGAUCCACACACAUCCUAGUCAGACGUGCUUCAUGAGCAGUCGCGAUUUGCACACGCAUGUCGGGUAUCAGGUUAUGAUGCAGGAAAGCAUCGCCAUUGUUUGCGCGCCAAGCAAAGAGCCUAGCUGGGGUUGUUUCCGCCUCACAGACCCCCCGGGCAAGCAAGCGAUCUUGAGUUGCACGCAACCUGGAAUAUUCCACCCACAUAACGUUGAUAACAUCUACACCGAAGCGCUGAAACCGGGCCACGUUGUCGAACUGCGAAAUGCCCCGCUCGAGAUGGUGGAUAUGAGGCAUAAGAAGUAG